AUGCCACUCACUUCUGGCCUGCCAAGUUUCUGUGGGGAGAUCUGUGAAACUUAUUUGUCCGCCCUUGUAGAAAAUGUGAAAUACCUGGAUUGUUAUGUGUGUAAGAAAUCUGUUGAUGGGAUUCUAUAUCUUACUGCAACCCACCUGAUAUAUAUGGAGGUUUCUGGUGUAGCCCAGAAAGAAACAUGGAUUGUACUGCAUCACAUUGCCAAUGUAGAGAAAUUGCCUAUCACUAGCCUGGGCUGUCCCCUUAUCCUCCGCUGCAAGAACUUCUGGGUGGCCCACUUUGUUUUAGACUCUCACAUUGUGUGCCAUGAUGUUUAUAAUUUGCUGCUCAAUCUUUCUCAGCCAGCAUUACCUGAAGAUCUGUAUGCUUUUUCUUAUAAUCCCAAAUCCUCAAAAGAGAUGAAGGAAAAUGGGUGGAAACUGAUUGACCCAAUAUCAGACUUUGGGCGUAUGGGAAUACCCUACAGGUACUGGAUCAUAACAGAAGCCAACAGAAAUUAUGAGGGGUACCCUGGCAUGACAGCUAAGCUAAAAUGGGUGUGGGGUGGUGUGGUCCCUGGGCUCUUGCAAAAAAUAUGUCCUGGAAGGACAGCUGAAGCUGAAGCGGUUGCAAGCCAAGUACCCUGGGCUCUUCACAGUGAAGUUGAACUGUCAGGACAACUGAAGCUGACUUGGAUGCAAACUGGUGUGUCACAACGUGCUCAACAAGGAGGUUGCCCUGGCCGGGCAACUGGAGCCAACUCUAGUGUGUUCUGGGGUACUCCACAUAGGGUUACCCUGGCAGGGUGGCUGAAACUGAUUGAUUCAACAAUUCCAUAUAUCAUCCAAUUCUGGUGUGGUAUGUAUAACCACUGUGAUAAAGGGCUGCUGCUUAACAGCCUCCUGGAAAUUAAGAAGCAGAGAUAAAUGCUGGAGUCAGUUAUGCACAAACUAGAAAAGAAACUGCAAGCCCAUGAUGAGCCACCAAAAGAAGUCUGUACAUGCUCUCAAUUAGGGAAUUUAUUAUCUCAGCAUCUGGGAAGUUCUUUGACCAAUCCUCUUGACUUUAUGGGUAUUGAUGGAUACCUGAACACCUUGAUGGAGAAUGGCACCAUAUCCAGUGAAGGAGGCUUCCAGGCUCAGAUGGAUCAAGUGAAAAUACAGUGUGCAGACUUUCACCAUGACUGUUGUGGGAUCAUAGGCAGCCUUAGGGCCAUAAACAUUUCUGGGGAUAUGGGAUUCUCUGGAAACAUGGGCAUCUCUGAAUCGAGGGGCACCUAUGGGGCCACAGGCAUCUCUGGCAACGUGGAUAUCUCUGAGACUAUGGACUGCUCUGAAAACAUCAGCAUCUCUGGGAGCAUGGGCAUCUUUGGGGACACAGGUAUCUCCAAGGCCAGCACAAAAGAAGCAGGCUGCUAUAAGCAACAGUGA